AUGAACAUAGAUAAUGUUGAUAAGGAGGUAUCGAAUAAUGUGGAAUUUGAUGUCACAAAACCUCCAACUGAUCCUGGUCUAAGGAUACCCAUUUUCGAUUACAAUGCUAACAUCCGAGAUGAUGUUCGAAGAGCAUAUAUGUUAAAGGGUCCUUGUUCUACAUACUGGAAAGAUAAAAAAAGGCUUCAUACUCAUGUUGGACUUCAUGAUAGUGCACAUAAUCAAGCUCACAUUAAGUGUGAAGUGUUGAUGAAUCAAGAGCAACACAUUCAAUCAGUUUUCUACAAACAGUCAGAACAAGCAAGAAGUGCAUAUGUUACACGUCUUACUGCAUCCAUUGAUUGUGUUCGACUUCUUUUGCGACAAGGGCACUCAUUUCGAGGUCAUAAUGAAUCUGAGGAUUCUCUCAAUCCAGUUAUUAAUGCCAUCACAUUGGGAAAUGCUCCUCACAAUUGCAAAUUGACAUCAACUGAUGUUCAAAAGGAUAUAGUAAAUGCUUGUGCUAUUGAAACAAUUAAUGUUAUUAUCAAAGAUGUUGGCGACUCAUUGUUUUCUAUUCUAGUUGAUGAAUCUCGUGAUGUGUCAAUGAAGGAGCAAAUAUCUAUUGUUUUACAUUAUGUAGACAAUAGUAGGCAUGUCAAUGAAUGCUUCAUAGGGAUUGAACAUGUUACAAGUACCACGAAUCUAUCACUUAAGGCUGCAAUUGAUAAGGUAUUUUCUAGAUAUAACUUGAGCAUGUCUAGAUUGAGAGGACAAGGUUAUGAUGGAGCAAGUAAUAUGCAAGGUAAGUUUAAUGGUCUGAAAAUACUCAUUUUGAAGGAGAGUUCAUGUGCCUUUUACAUUCACUAUUUUACUCAUCAACUCCAACUUACGCUUGUUGCUGUGGCAAAGAAGAACAUCCCUAUUACUAACUUUUUUCGUGUGGUUGGGGACGUGAUAUAUACUAUUGGAGCAUCUUCCAAAUGUAGUGAUCUUCUUCGAGAAAAACAAUUAGACUUUAUUAUUGAGGCAUUGGAAAAAGGUGAGAUUUUAAGUAGACCGGGACUUAAUCAAGAAACGACCCUUCAGUGCUCUAGUGAUACACAAUGGAGUUCACAUUAUAAUUCUUUGGUCAGCUUGCUUUUCAUGUUCUCUUCUGUUUUAAAUGUACUUGCAAUGAUUGUUGAAAAUGAAUCUCGUUCUUGUGAUCAAAGAUCUUAUGCAACAAAUUUAUUGGAGUCGAUACAAAAAUUUGAUUUUGCAUUUAAUCUACAGUUGAUGAGAAGUGUCUUGGGGAUGUCAAAUGAACUGUCAAAGGCAUUGCAAAAAAAAAAGAUCAAGAUAUUGUUAAUACAAUGCAAUUGGUGUAAAAUGGACACAAUUGAUGUAGAUAUCUCUGAAGGAAAAGACACAUCACAAUUGGAAACAACAUUGAAGUUUGAAAAAGAUUUUGAAAGAUUUGAAAAUGAGGAUACACAGUAUUUGCAUUACUUUCGAGAGGACGAUGGUGGUAGAAGGAGGAGUGCACCUUCUUCAAAGUUACACUGGGAAAAUGGAUCCGUGGAGAUUGAAACUUUGUCUAAAUUUUGUGAUGAGCAAAAUAUCAGCCAAAGGAAUGUUCGAGAGAAAAGGGAUGAAAAUGAUGUUGGGAAUGUUAAUGUUGGAGAUGUUGGAGGUAUUGGAGGUGUUGGGGAUGUUGAUGUUGCAUAG